ACUGCUUCUGCUUUUGAAAAAUGUGGACGCUGGACGGCAAUAUUUUAGGUUAUUUGGGUUCUGCAAUACUUUAGUAUUAUUUUAAAUAAUUCACUAUAGUAAUAUUUAUUUUUUGAAUUCACUUUUGUAAGUCUUCAUGAUUUGAAACUAGCAAUUUGAAAAAUUGUGUCACUUGAAUAAAGCUUUGGCUUUUACCAUAGGUCUACACUUGAGUAAAAUUUAUGUAGCCUAAAGAAAAAUCUCUAGAAUGAAUUUACUAUAGGAACAAUAAUUAAUGAUAAGUAACGGAUCCUAAAAAUGGCUGUAAGAUUGAUUGGAGAAGUUGCAGAAUCGCUUCUGUACUCUGGUGCAAUGCGGCCUUCAAGUCUCAUAGCUCAUGCUAGAUUUAGAGUUAUGUGUAAAAACAGAACAUUGAAUCAAAAAAUGCAAUUUCGGGAUGCUCUGAAGGACUUCUGUUCUCAAAGACAUCGAUUUUUACCAAACGAAUGUUUAUUUCCUAGUGCAAUUACUAAUUUAUGUACAACAAAAACUUUAAUUAGAAGUUAUAGAAAUAUUUAUACCUGCCAGAAUUUGUGCUAUUCAACAUGUACUCUGCGAACACUUUCUGUGGGAUUUGAACCUUUCAAUUCAAGUGAAGCAAAUGUAUCAAGGUUUUAUAGUAGUAGUAAUGAUAAUCAAAAUACUGGCUCAACAAAGGAUCUAAUUGGCAGAGACUUGGGAGUCAAGAGGAAGGAGUUUGUCAAUAAUGUUUUAAAAAAUAACAAGAAAAAGAUGAGACUGACUAAAAUUAAACUACAGAAAAGUGGGAAGAUUAUUUUAAAAGAUAUUAAAGAAUCCAAAUCGAAGAUGAAAGAGAAAAUGGAGGAAAUAAUUGAGAGGGAAAAUAUUUGGACAAUACCCAACAUGCUAACAGUCCUCAGAAUAGCCAUGUCUCCAUAUCUGGGCUACCUAAUUUGUCAAACAAACUACGAACUUGCUUUGGGGUUGGUGAUAUUCGCAGGAUUCACAGAUUUCCUAGAUGGAAUCAUAGCUCGUUCAUUCAAGAAUCAAGCAUCGAAGCUUGGAAGUUUCUUGGACCCAAUGGCUGAUAAAAUACUGAUAGCUACAUUAUUCCUGACACUGACAAUCACUGGCAACAUUCCUGUUCCCUUGACUGCAUUGAUAGUAGCGAGAGAUACAUUACUGGUUGGAGCUGGAUUCUAUAUUCGAUAUCAAUCUCUUCCUCCUCCUAAAACUUUGAGCAGAUAUUUGGAUGUCUCACAUGCAACAGCUGAACUGGCUCCAACCCGGCUUAGUAAAAUAAAUACAACAAUUCAACUCUGCACGGUUUUCUCAACUUUAGCUGCAGCUUCCUUCGGAUAUUUGGAACAUCCCGUCAUUCACGGAUUAUUUUGGUUGACGGCAGGUACAACAAUAGCUUCAGCUAUUAGCUACAUUAUUUCAAAGGAUACCUACAAAAUUCUCAAGAGAAAAAAAUGAAAACGUUUAGAUUAUAAGGUGAGAUAAAUAAGAUCUACCAAUUAGGUUUAGGCAAUUGGAGUGUAUUUAGUGAACGACAGAUUUUAAUAAUAAAAAUCUCAACACAUAUAGAAUUUGUAAUAUUCUGAAGAUAUCAGCAAAUUUGAAAAUGUUAUAUAUUUAUCCAGCUCAUACUCCUGUGAUGGAACAAGCUUUAGAAUACUACAACUAGUCUAUCGUUGAUGAUUUGUUGAUUUCAAUUUUGUAUGAUAAGAAAAACACUUGAAGCAG